GAAACUUUUUCAUGGUUGUGUUAGCAGUAAUCUAUCCGACAUGAGUGGUUUUUGUCAAGGAAGAGAUUUAGUCAACAUUACAACAAGAACUAUAAGUACCUGCAAUUUUUUGAAGCUUCUUGAUGGGUGCUGUCAAUUUUCAACGAAGAAAAGUGGUUCUUCUUCGAAAUUGAUUCUCGUGCUCUGUGGGCGCACGAGUAACAACAAGCUGUGCAAGCCUCCGGACUCGUUUUUAUAUUCUUGUGGGAGGACGACAGGAGCGAAAAACUUCGUUACAAGACCGUGUCACUAUGGGAACAACACACCGUUGUCCUUGUCUCUUCUCCAUGGCGAUAUCCUAAGAAGAUCAUUUUUAUUGCUAAGGCGUCGAAAUCCCACAAUUCAUCAGUGCAGAAGGACCUUUGCUGCGUCCUCAUCGUCGGCGGCUAGUGGAGCAGCCUUCGUGGAUCAUUAUGCGAUCUUGGGUUUGUCUGGACCGGCUCAGAAUGGAGAUUUUCCGCCUCCAGAUGAAGCAGAUUCAGGAGAACAGGAUGAUAUUUCCUCGACGACCUCAUGCGAGAGCAGCAGCACCACUGGCACUGCUGGAGCACAAUCAAUAGCGGCCACGACCAUUGAUCAAAAGGUGAAAGCGGCGUACUUCGCGCUCGCCAAGUCAUGCCAUCCUGACGUGGUUCACACAGAGGACCACUCCAGGUUCGUGCAGAUACAAGCGGCCUAUGCCUUGCUCCGUGAUCCCGAAAAGAGAAGUGUGUAUGAUCAGAAAUGGCUGCUGGAAAAAAAGAUGAAGAGAGCGGUUUUAGCCUGUUUGAAAGCCGGGGUCCUGGGCGUCGAGACAGAUAAAGAGAACGAUGAUGAAGAGGGCUCUCUGAUCCGAAAGCAAAGGUCAGAGCCUGCAGAAUCACAAAGUCGACGAUCUCAACAUGAAACAUCGAGGCCGAGAGAAGACAUCCAACGAAAAAAGAUGGAAGACGCGCAACGAGCAGAGCGACGAAAUUCUACUGCUUCCACAGAAGAUGGAAUGGACAGAUCGGCGGGUAAGCGUGAGAGCUAUGGAAGGAGUAGCUUCUCUCGUCCUCGACAUGACCCACAUCUUUCGACGUCUUCACCAAGAGAUGCAUCGCGAUCGACAAAACCAUAUGACGCAAGCAGUUCUGGUAGUGCAGCACGGAAUGAUCGUACGAAAAGCAAAAGAUCGCGGUCACAAGAUGGAGCAUAUGCAGAUAAAAGAUUCUCUCCGAAACCACAACCGCUAUAUGAAAAUUACGCGUUCCUGUCACAUGCAAAGCAGCGAGAACUCUGGAAAGCAAGUUCAGAUGGACAGGCAACAAAAGAAGACAGAGAGACCCGACGCCGUCUGAAAGAAAAGGAAACGCAGUUGCUGCAGAAGAAUCCGAGUCUUCUGUAUGCAAACCUGUACUCGAACUCUACGAAAAAAUCCAAACGGAAGAAGAGGAACUAUGACGUAUGAGCGUGUGCGUGAGAAGUUUAUUGUUUGUCUACUUACAAGUAUCGAGAUGAAUUCUGGUCCGUCUAGAAUUGCAUACGGUGCUGAGUGCACUACGUGCUUGUUUCUCAUUCACCCACGAGUUGCUCCUAGACAUAGAAUAAACGUGUUCAAG